AAACCACCCUCCUUGAACUCAAAGCCCUCCUUGAAACGUGUCUGUCAUCCCUCCCGAGCACGCGCCCAUACCAACGUAAUACAUUCACCUUCACCAACCGUUCCACUGUACUGUAAUGUUCUGAUUGACAUUAUCGGACUCAUCAUCUGUAAAGACAUAGUCAUGUGAUGUCAAUGUUGUAUGAGAGUAACCAAAUGAAUGACCAUACUGUAAUGGCCUGAUAGAUAUUAUCUGACUAAUCAUCAGGAAAGAGAUAGUCAUGCUAAUGUCCAUGUAGGAGAAAUGCCAGGUGAAUUACCAUACUUGUCUUAAUGGCAUCUAUUUUUUAUUUUAUUACCAGGUGAUUCCAUUAAACAAAGGCAAGACCCACAAGGAGAAGGUAUGUCAAGUAAACGUGACGAAAAUGAAUUUGGAGGAAAGGUGCAUCGCUGUAAAAAGAUUUUCAGCCAAAGAAAUGAACCUGCUUACUACUUGAGAUCACAUCGAAUAGGGAACAGAUGUUUCUGCUGUCAGAAAGAACUUAAAUGUGAUGCUCAAAGUCAUAUGAAAGGAAGGCCAAAUGAAUGUUCAUUUUCUUACGAGAAAUUUUCUGCGAAAAACCGUCUGUCUCGCCAUCUAUCAAAAAACAGAGAAAAAAAUCCACCUAAAUGUUCAUGUGAGAGUGGAUUUUCUCAGAAGAGAUUUUCAACAAAACAUAAUCAAAGACACAUCAGAGAGGAGUCAUAUAAAUGCUCAUGUGAGAAAGGGUUUUCUAAUAAGAAAUAUCUGACUCAGCAUAUCAGAACGCACACAGGAAAAAAGCUGUAUGAAUGUUCAUUAUGUAAGAAAACAUUUGCUCAAAAGAAUAGUCUGACCAAUCAUAUCAAAACACACAAUGUAGAAAAACCAUUCAAAUGUUCAAUAUGUACAAAAAGAUUUUCUUGGAAGCUUUCUCUGACCCUUCAUCUCAGAACACACACAGGUGAAAAGUCAUUUGAAUGUUCACACUGUGAAAAAAGGUUUGCUCGAAAGAGUUCGCUGAAACUCCAUCUCAGAACACACACAGGAGAAAAGCCAUUUAAAUGUUCACACUGUGAGAAAAGGUUUGCUCAAAAAGGUAGUCUGAAACUCCAUCUCAGAACACACACAGGAGAAAAGCCAUAUGAAUGUUCACAGUGUAUGAAGAGAUUUUCUCUUAAAUCCUCCCUGACAGAUCAUCUGCGAAUACACACGGGGGAAAGGCCUUACGAAUGUUCACACUGCAACAAGAGAUUUACACAGAGGAAACAACUAACUUUUCACCUUAGAACACACACAAAGGAAAAACCAUACAAAUGUUCAAUAUGUAUGAAAAGAUUUUCUUGGAAGCUUUCUCUGACCUUUCAUCUCAGAACACACACAGGAGAAAGGCCAUUUCAAUGUUCACACUGUGAGAAAAGGUUUGCUCAAAAGAGUAGUCUGAAACCCCAUCUUAGGACGCACACAGGAGAAAAGCCAUUUGAGUGUUCACACUGUAAGAAAGCAUUUUCCUUAAAAUGUAAUCUUAACCGUCAUGUUAAAACCCACACAGGGAAAAAAACGGCAUGAAUGUCAGUACUGUGACAAGGAUUCUUCUGAUAGACAUUGUCUCAUAAGGCAUCUGAAAAAACAUGCAGGAGAAAAGCCAUGUCAAUAACCAUUCUGUAUAUAUCAAGAUUUUAUCGAUAUCUGUCUAGUCCUAUGCAAACAUUAAUUCAUUUGAAUGUCAAAUCUGUAUGAAUUGAUUUUUAUGUGUUUGUAAAUAUAUUUAAAUCAUUUUUAAGUGUGCAAAUCACACCCCCCCCCCAUCGGCUAUAGGAUCUUCCAAAAUACCUCAGCCUAGAUAUGGUUAAAGCUACUGUGACAUUUCUGGGAGCAAAGUUGUAAAUGAAAUCUGAGGCCUAGUGAUGGAGUGGUGCCAUAAUCAAUGUAAAAGGCAGAUAAAUUAAAACAAGAAAACUGAAAAAUACUGCAUGCAAAUUGUCCUAACAGGGGUUUUAUUUUGAUCAUCAAAACAGGUUUGUAAUUGAAAAUCUUAUGGAAAUUGUAAUAUGAUAAUGAAAAGAGUGAGAUUUGUUUGAUCCAAUCCAGUUUGGUGCACCAGUUCUGACAAA